AUGAAAGAUAUGGUGCUAGAAGGAGGAGAUGCAUUUGGUCGCUCACAUGGCGCCAUGAAACUCUUUGACUAUAUGGGAACAGAUGAGAGAUUCAGCAAACUUAUUAACCAGACCGGAAUCACCAUUGCUGUAGUGAAGAAGGCUCUUGAAGUUUAUGAAGGUUUCCAAGGUGUAAAUGUGUUGGUUGAUGUGGGAGGAGUUGGUAUCAAUUUGGAUCUGACUUGUGUUGUGCCCUGGGACAAGCACCUUCUUACCCCCAACGUGGAACAUGUUGCUGGAGAUAUGUUCAUUGAUGUUCCAACCGGAGAUGCCAUGAUCUUGAAAGCAAGUUCAACAAUUCAUUUCUAUUUCUUGAAAGCGUAUGGAUAG